AUGUCGCUUGCAAACUCCAAAUAUGCGCGCAAGACGCCGCUGGAGACUCUGGCACAAUCUAAAGCAGAGAAGCUCAAACAGGAUAAAGCGAGAGCAACGCGACUCCUGAAUCGCCUGCAGUGGAAAGCUGAGUCCCUUGCAGUAUCGUACCUACGUGCGAUCGAGAUAUUGCGAGCGGAGAUUGAUCAGAAUGGAUACAUCGAUAGUGGCGUAGAGUUGCGUUACGCCUUCAUGCGGAGUACCGACAGCAAACAGGCAGAGUCCAUGUUCAAGGUGGACUUCUUUGAGUUCUACACUUUGCUCGAGCGGUACAUCUCUAGUUCUCUCGAGAUCAUGGGCGUUCAUGUCUCUGGCACCGCACCUCGUACCAACGUCAACCCUCUCAAAUACAUCACGAACCCCGACCUGCACCGCACACGACCACGCGCUCUCCACGCCUUCCACGCGAAUCUCCUGGAAGCGCUCGAUGAUCCAAACUGCCCGCUGCAUGUCUCGCUAGGGAAUCAGGAGGUACGCAUACAACUCGGCAUAGCGAAAGACUACCGGAAUGCAUGGAAGGACGCAGACGAGAAGGUUACCAAGACAAAUGGCUGCGAUAGAGACGAGGAGUCUCAAAAGAACGUCCGUCUGGAGGACUUAGACCUAGACACCAUGCUCCGGUAUUUGCUAGCUGCCUGUGAGCAUGCUCAUGGCACAGUCCAAGAGCGUCCAGACGCCAACCCGAACGAUUUCACUAGCCGGGACUUCGAACACCAAGCGCAGCAACAAAACACAAGCAAGACUUUGGAGAUGGAGGAUGUUCCAUUCGAGUACAUGGAUGAUGCCAUGGAUCUUGAUUAG